UUGCAGGCAGGUUUCUAUAAUUUUGGAUACUGCAAAAUUCCACUCUUGACGAGGACUUCGCAAAGAUGGCGGCGAACGAGUCGCUUCGGAGGCAAAGCGAAACCCGAGAGUCAGCUAUCUUCACGCAAACCAUUCGAGAGCGGACAGGAGAGAGAGAGGAAAUUCAUAAGAAGACCUUCCAAAAAUGGAUCAAUUCAAAGCUUGCAAUGGCCGUGCCACCUUUAGAGGUGAAGGAUCUUAUCGAGGAAGUCCGAGAUGGACAUGUGUUCCUUUCUCUGCUGGAGGUCCUCUUGGGAACAACACUGAAAAGAGAGAAAGGCCGAAUGCGCGUCCAUAAACUCACCAAUGUGACAACAGCACUGAAGGUGUUGGAAAAAAACAAGGUCAAACUUGUUGGGAUCAGCAAUUACGACAUUGUCGAUGGAAAGAGCACGACCAUUCUUGGACUGAUAUGGAGUAUUAUUCUACGAUUCCAGGUGCAAGGCGUAAUGACUGGAGAUGACUCUGGAGAUUCCAGCGUCAAAGAUUUUCAAGUCGAGAAAAAACUGCUUUCUUGGUGUAAGACAUCGCUUGAAGGGUACGAGGAUUCCGUUAAAUUGAAAGACUUCACAACAAGUUGGAGAGAUGGUCUAGCUUUCAACGCCAUCAUCCAUACUCACAAGCCAGAGCUGUUUCGAUUUGAGAGCCUUUUAAAAAAUGAUAACAAGACAAAUCUUGAUCACGCCUUUAACGUGGCGAACGAAGAGUUUUCAGUUCCGAAGCUGUUGGACCCAGCAGAUAUUGACGUGGACAAGCCAGAUAAAAAGUUGAUCAUGAUGUACUUGACCAGCUUAUUUCACGGCUUGAGAGAAUACUCACCACAGGGAGGAAAGAAGAGAAGAAAACUUGACGAUUUGGCGGGCCUUGAAGCUUACCGAGCAUCAUUGAGAGACCUGAAUGCUUAUAUCACACAAGAAGAAACCCUGGUAUCCAACAAGCUGGAAUCGACUGGCCGUUUUGGCAAUCCUUUAGAAGACUACAACAAAUCAAAGUCUUUGAUGGAUGACAUCAAAAAUCAUCGCCAGGACGUGGGAAAUGUAGAGGAUAUGGGCCAGGCUUUGAUAAUGAAUGACAAGACAGACGAGAUCCACCGAACAGAGAUCAAGAACCAGCUACUGCUGCUCCACGAUCGAUGGGAAAAAUUGGAAAAACUCUCACAGAGACUUCAUAAACGAUGUCGGGGGGCUCUCGUUUCACCCCGGGAGCAACAGAUUGACAUCUACAACUCGUGGAUACAACAAAUGAGAAGUGAGAUAUCAAAAAGAGGAAGAUCUCAAAGCCAAACAGAGAUCAGAAGAGAGAUCGAUGAACACGAGGGAUCUAUGGUACGGAUCGAUUAUAAAAAGAAGGAAGUCGAUCGCGUUAUCAGUGAAGUUAACGAACUCUGUCUGGAGCCUUACGUCGACGAAGAAGAUCGUGAGAUAUUACGAGGAAAGCAGAAAGAUUUAAACAUCAACUGGGACACAAUGACAACAGAGGCUCAUCAAAAGAGCAAAGAAUUGAAGGACAAGUUGUCCCCGUCUUCUUCAGCAGAGGAAAACAGAGAAACGGAACUGCUUGUACAAGUUUCUCAAGACAGUGUUCAGUCAACACCUUCAGAGUUUAGUACAUUUGAGAUACAACCAAACAUUCAACAUACUGUUGAAUCGCAACCCAAUGUUCACUAUCUCAUUGAUUUCGAAGAUGAUCACGUUGAUGGCGCAGAUCAGAUUGACAGCCACGGCAGAGAGGCCGAGAGGGACGCUAAACUCGACACAUUACGGGAUAAAAUGAACGCAGUUCAGUUGGUGUUGGAGAGAUGCUCAGGAAAGUUGGAGAACUUGAAAUCUUCUGGUGCCCCGAAUGAUUUGCCGGGGGUCAAGGAACAGCAAAACAUGGUGAAGGAUUGUGAUUCUGAACUAAAGGAAGGGGAGCCACUCUUGCAAGAUGUCAUUUUGUACGGAAGAGAGCUCUCACGAGACGAUCUGUUUGAUGAUAACGAGAAGGAGGAGAUCACACGUAACAUGGCUCAACUACAAGAGCACUACGAUGAACUGAGAAACUUUAUUGACGACGAACAAGAGGGUCUCAGUGAGCUGCGUAAUGAAUUGGAGAAACGAAACAAGAUCCGCGACUGGGAAAGAAAACGCGAUGAAUUAAAUGAGAAGCUAUCCCGCUGCGAGGAUAAGUUACGCCUUCAAAUUCAGGAUCAGCUAAGAGAAGAACUCGCACCCGGUGAAGAAAUCUUGGCUGCAGCAAAGAAUUUAUCGAAGGAAAUCUCCGAUCUUGAUCCUGAAGUAGCAAGAGUUACAGACGAUGGAAUUAAACUCGUAAAAAGUGAGAACAUUGGGGGUGACUUGGAAGAAAAAUUGGUCCAAGACAUAAACGAUAUCGAAGAAAGAUACGAGAAACUUAAAAAGAGCAGCAGCGCUGACGUAAAAAGACUGGAGGACGCAAUUUCUCAGAGAGAAUCUGAAAAGAGGGAGAAGCUUGAAAAAUGGCAGGAGGUUACUGAAAGAAUAUCAGUGAUUAAUGUUGAUACCCGUACAAAAUUACGAAACAUCAAGGAAAAGAAUCCCCACACCACCACUGAAAUACAGGAACAGCUCGAGGCGAUACAGAAAUGUACAAACGACGUUAUGUCUGUGUUUCCUGAAAUUCAAUCUGGUUAUGAUUACGGCAACGAUCUCUUGGCUGAUAAUCAACUUAGUGAUGAGGAUAGAGACAAGAUCGAGAAGGAAAUGAACAACAUUGGAGAGGAUUUCAAAGCUCUUCAGCAAGACAUAAAUGCCGAACAAGACAGGCUGAAUAACUUGUUGUCAGAAAAGGUAGCUGAGGAUGCUCGAGCUCAAGAUAAAUUGAAAAAGUGGCAAGAUGGUAAAGACAAGUUAAACUCCAAAUAUAAGAAGACCAGGGGCAAGUUCAACAAAGUCAAAGGUCAAGGAAUUCCCAAGGACCCGAAGAAAGUGCAAGAACAACUAGAACUUACCCGGGAAUGCUCGUCCGAGAUCGCUGAUUCAGUGCCAGAGAUCCAGCAGGCGUUUAAGUGCGCCGAAGAUCUGAUCAGUGACAAAAGUGUUGACACUAGAGAUAGAGAGUCAAUAAAGAAAGAAAGAAAUGAAAUUGGGGAAGGAUUUAAGAGCCUGAAGCUUGAACUGAAUGACUACGAGAAGGAAUUAGAAGACUUAGGCCUUCAACAAGAUAAAGAGAAAUCGGAGAAGAUUACAACAUGGCAAACAUGGAUCAUUCGAAUGAGGAAGUUACAGGAUAAGUGUCAAGCGAAGACAAAUGAACUCAAGGAAGCAAAUGAGCCACAAAAUAAGAAAGAAGUCGAAGAACAAAUGGUCCUUGUGAAGGAGUGUAAGGAGGAGCUGGAGGCCGCUAAACCGGUGAUUCACGAAGGUAUUGACUACGGGAAGCUCUUGAUAGAUGAUGAAAUACUUGAUGAUGAGGUUAAGGCUUCAAUCAAGAAGGACGUGAACGAUAUGGAAUAUAAUCUGGACAAAAUGGAGAAAGACAACGCUGACGAACAGGGCAGGUUGGAAAUUCUAGCCAUCCAGUUCGACACCGAUAAAAAGGACAAAUUAGUAAAAUGGGAAACUUGGAAGGUGAAAUUGAGAUCAAUUCUUGCUUUGAAACGAAACCACCUUGACGAGGUCAAGGCCGACGAUCCCACGAACCGGAACGUGGAGGAAUUAUUAGCGAAAGCAAAGGAUUGCGAGGAUAGCCUGACCAAUACAGAACCGGAGAUCAAGUUUGCUUUAGAUUAUGGUGAGCAACUCGUGGAUGACGAUCUGACUGAUCCUGAUGAAAAGCAAAAGAUCCAUGAUGAUGUGGUAGAAAUGGAACGAACUCUGAAAGACCUGAAGGAAGAUACCGCUAAAGAGAAACUAAGGUUGCAGCAAAUAUAUUUCCAACAAAACGAAGAAAAGGAGAAAAAACUGAAACAGUGGGAGAUAUGGGUUAUUCGUAUAAACAAACUACAGGGCGAAUGUCAGGAAAAAGUGAAAGAUUUGAAGUCUAAAGGAGAUCCUCAUGAUAAGAAGGACUUGGAAGAGCAGAUUGUUCUAGCUAAGGAAUUCGAGGAGGAGUUGCAAUCAGCCAAACCGGUGAUCGAUGAAGGUACUGCAUAUGGGUCGCUGCUUCUAAAUGAUGAUAUCGUUGACGAAGACAACAAGGCAAAAGUCAAACAGGACCUGGAUCACAUCGAAGAGGAUCUAAAAGAAUUAGAAAAAGCUAAUGGCGAUGAGCAGAAAAGGCUUGAAGAUAUUCUUUAUCAGAAAGGUGAAGAGCAAAAAGUCACAGAGUGGAAGAACCGGACCACACGCAUCCACAUUUUGAUAAAGGAUUGUGGUGACAAAAUGGCUGAACUACAAGCUAAGGGGAAUCCGAAGGACCGCGGGGAUACCGAAGAGCAAAUCACUUUGUCAAAGGAAUGCAGUCACAAACUACAGGCAUCAAAACCCGAGAUAAAUGCCGGUCUGGCAUUUGGAAAAGAACUAUUGGAGGAUGAUUACAUUAGUUACGUAAACAAGGCUAACAUCAAGCAAGACUUAAAUGAGCUAGGAGGAGACAUGGAGAGACUGGAGCGAGCCAACGAUGAACAAAUUGACGACACUAUCUCAAAACUCAAGAUGCAGCAAGAGGACAAGCUCCAGAAAUGGCAUGAGGGACUUGAUGAGGUCAGUGGAUGGGUAGUGAAGACAAGAGUUAAGGUUGAAGCCCAACAGAGACUGGCUACCGAUGUGGACGCUGCUUUGGAACAAAUAGAUGACUUUCAGGAAAUCAUCAAAGACGCUCCAGGUUAUCAAGAAAAGGUAACUCACCUAAACGAGUUCAGUGGCAACCUCGUUACUGACCCAUGUCUUGGGGAAGAAGAGAGGCGAGGUGUCCGCGAGGAAACUGUCAUCUGUAAUGAAAAUUGGAACGAUCUGGUUAAUCUCGCUAAUGCUAAGCAGGCCAGAAUGGAAGAAAACCUCAACAAAUUGGAACGACAAGAACAGGACGCUUUAGAGCGAUGGAGGAUUCGCUCAGAAAGAGCGGGUCUUGCAUUAGAUAAACUGGAGGGUCAGAUAUCUGUUAUUGAUGACCCUAUAGGGAAUGACAUAGAGACUGUCAGGAGACAGGAGGACGCGUUUGAGAUAUUUUCCAAUGAAAUGGAACUGAACACAACUCAAAUGCUUGACACUCUUGCCUUGGGAGAGAAAGUUAAAAAGGAUCCCAAGCUUACCCAGAAAAGGAAAGAUGAGGUGGUGGAACAUCUCAAUUCUUUGACAGCACGCUGGGACCGAAUAAAGGAUUUUGUUGCCUUGAGAAAAGAAAGACUUGAUGAAGCUUCCAAGAGGAUGCAGAGGGACAGACGGAAGAAGCUCGAUGAGUGGGAAGAAAAGGUUAAUCACUUCGAUAGUUUUUUACGAAAGGCAGAGAGAGAAACAGAGAGGCUAGAGCCAAUAGCAGAUGACCUGGAGACUGUUCAAAGACAAUAUGACGAUUUCCAGAAAACGAAUCAGCUUAUUGGACAGCAGAAGAAAGUAGAUGACUUCGAAACUUUCACCGUCGAAUUACUAGCAGACCCUGUAAUUGACGAGAGAUCAAAACAGAGCAUGGAGCACGAUAAAGACGACCGCCUUGAAAGAUGGGAAAGGGUCGUCGAAAAGAUUAAUGACCACCAGCAUGGAUUGGAAGAACAACUGACAAACUUGGAGAAAACUGAGGGUGAACUUUCGAGAUGGAAUGACCAAUUUGACAUAAUCCAGGUGGAGGCUGCGAAAGUUGAAAGCGUCUGUGAGCAGGAAAUUGCUCCAGAUUUCGACGCGCUGGAGAAACAGAAGACUGAAGUUCAGAGACUGAAGAAAACUGUAAACGUACUGGAUCCACAAGUUGACGACUUUCUCAAGAACUCUGACUGGUUGAUCGACCAAAGUGACGUCCCCGAAAAGGAUUUGGAGACUGUGGAGCAUGAGGCUGAAGUCUUCAAAAAACGUUGGAAUAAAGUAAAGUUCGAUCUUGACGCGAGACAACAGAGAAUCGAAGAUAAGCAUCUCAGCCUACAACAACGUCAAAAAGAUUUGUUAGGGCAGUGGAAGAACUCUUGUAACUCUACUCUUAAGUGGUUAUCUGACACCUCUGCGCGUGUGCAAGCUCAAGAUGUAACUCCUCCGGAUCUCGAUCACGCGCGGGCUCAAAGACAGGAAAUUGAGGACAUUUUGCGAGAAAUAAAACGGCACGACAAUCAGAUGGACAAGCUAGAUCAACUUGGAGACAAGAUUACUAACGACCCGAGUAUGCGUGACUUGGAGAGGAACUUGGUUAACAAUGAAAAAGCUACCAUUAUCGAACGCUAUAAAGGACUUCUUGCAUCAACGGAGGCUGCAAAAAACAGAUUGGAUGAUCAAAUUAAGCAAAUGGAGAAAGAGCAAGGAGAAAAGAUGAAGCUCUGGCCAGAAAAAACGGAUCCCCUUGAUAAAUGGCUGAUAAAGAAUGAGACAACUGUUCAGUCCCACGAGCCAAUCGGAUACGACAUCAGCUAUGUAAAAACACAAGAAAAAGACGCACAGGCAAUGAUCACUGAACUUCUUCAAGAGCAGCCAAAAUUCGCUGAGAUGACGGACUUUGGGAAUAAGCUGACAACGGAGCCUUGUGUAGGAUUAGAAGAGAGGGUAAAGAUUCAGAAAGACAUGCAAAGUCUCCACGAGAGAUGGGACGGGCUGUAUGAGUCAGCCACUUCAAGACAUGACAGGAUCCAAGACAGGCUAAAAAUAUUAGAAGACGAACAAAAACGACUGGCAGAUGAAAGAAAAAUGCUGGAAGAGGAAGAAGUACAGAGGCAAAUCGACAUGGAAAGGAGGCGAAAGGAAGAGGAAGAGAGAAGAAAGAAAGAGGCAGAGGAGAGAAGGAGAAGGGAAGAGGAGGCAAGGAAACGCAAGGAAGAAGAAGAACGGAAACGGAGGGAAGAAGAGGAAAGGAUAAGGAAAGAGGAAGAAGACAAACGGAAACGAAAGGAGGAAGAAGAGAAAAGGAGACGAGAGGAAGAAGCAAGGCAGAGGAGAGAAGAGGAAGAGAGAGAAAGACGAGAAGAAGAACAAAAGAGGAAGUUGGAACAGGAGGAGAGAAAAAGAAAAGAAGAA